AUGGCCCUGCCUGAGCAGUUCUCCAUCUCUGGCGACUAUGACCUGAAGCAAGUCCUGUGUCUGUUGGGCAUCAGAAGCGUCUUCUCCCACCAUGCGGAUUUCUCAGGCAUCACCGAGGAUCAGAGACUGAGCAUCUCCCAAGUGAGCUGGAGCUGCGGACUCAUCGCUUUGUGGGGGAUGCGCUCUGAGGAGCCUGCAACGUGGGAAGAUGCCGUCUUUGACUACAUCAACGAAGAAUACGAUCGACUGGUUCACAUUUCGGACAUCCAAGAGCUAAGGGUGAAGAUACAGGGGACAUACCACGGCCCCCCUGUGGAUAUCUCCAGACAAGUCCACAGAAACAAUGAAUUCACCUUCAACCUCUACAGGCUCUUGGCUGCCCGAGAUCCCUCGAUCAACAUCAUCUUCUCCCCACUCAGCGUCUCCAUGGCUCUGGCCUUCUUGGCACUCGGGACCGGUGGCCACACCAAGACUGAGAUCCUCCAGGGCCUAAAGUUCAACCUCACCGAGACACCCGAGGCUGACAUCUACUGGGGCUUUCAUCUGGCGAGGAGCUUCCUGAACAUGACCAGGAACAUCCUGCAGCUGAACAUGACCACCACCUUGUUUGUGGACCAGCAGCUGGUGCUGAAGAAGGAUUUCCAGAAAAAAGCUCAGGCCCUGUAUGGAGCCAAAGCCACCUCUGUAGACUUCCAAAAUCUCACCACCACCGUGAAGCUCAUCAAUGACUAUGUGGAGCAGAAAACGAACGGGAAAAUCCUGGACGUGGUACUAGACUUAAACAAACAGACCAAGAUGCUUUUGGUGAACUCCCUCCUCUUCAAAGCCAAGUGGAUGACGCCCUUUGACCCCACUAACACCUUCAUGUCAGAUUUCUACGCAAGCGACAUCACCGUGCUGAAGACUCCAAUGAUGAAAGCUGAUAAACUGGAGGUGCUCUACCUCCGGGACAAGGAGCUCUCCUGCACCUUGGUUCAGCUCCCAUACACGAGUAGUGUUGCCUUAGCCCUCCUCAUCCUCCCUGACCAGGGUAACAUGUCCAAGGUGGAGGCUGCACUGCUCCCAGACACGCUCCAACGCUGGAGGAAGUCGCUGAGACUAAGGACGGCAAGCUUGUACCUGCCCAGGUUCUCCCUCUCCGAGGUCUAUGACUUGGAAGAAGUCCUGCCUAAGCUGGGCAUCGCCAAGGUCUUCUCCCAGGAGGCGGAUUUCUCAGGCCUCACCCCCGCCAGGAACGCGAGCCUUUCCAGGGUGGUCCACACAGCUCUGCUGGAUGUGUCCGAGAAUGGCUCUGAAGGAACUAAAGGAGAUGCCGCCAGAGGAAAUGAACCUAAUCCUCUUGGCACAAGUCCAAAUAUUAUAACUGUGAACUUCAACAGGCCCUUCUUGGUGGCCGUCAUCUCAGAGGACACACAGAGAAUCCUCUUCCUGGGCAAAGUGGCCAACCCGACCCUGCCUGGAGCAAGUGUGCCGUAUGUAAGGGAAUAA